UCCAACAUGGCAGCCUCCAUUGGUUUUUUUUGAUUUGUUUCAAUGUUUGAGCAGAGACGUAUAUACGUCCCUGGUUUGAAAUUCCGCCGUUGCAAUCAUCAUUUUAGAAUACCGGUGAUCAGGAAUGAGAAAAAUCGAACUUUGAUGUAGCACGGACAAACACAAACAUAUAGCACAUCUUGAGAAAAUUUAUGGAGUAACCGUGCAGACAAUAAAAAGAACUGAAUGUAGCCACAUCUUUUCGUCAGUUCAUAUUUUAUACAACGAUAUUUCAUCAAGACUCAAAUGUUUCUUUUAAUCAAUAUGUAGCCAUGGGUUGGAUUAUUGUUCAGAUACCAGAACUAUUCUGUUUCCUUUUGCGAACCCGAAGACUUUUUCGCUUUUUCUUUUUAUUCAUUUGUUUGUUGCUUUAUUGUGAAUUCUUCCAUUACUUCAUUGUCUUGUUAUUCUGCAAAUGGCCAAUAUUAGACGUGGAUACUCUACAAGCUCCGUCAAAAUCAAACCCACUGAAAGUUAUGAUAAUAGCUGACACUCACAUACUUGGAUGGAGAGAAGGACACUGGUUUGACAAGCUAAGAAGAGAAUGGCAAAUGGAAAGGUCUUUCCAAACCAGCAUGACUAUACAUAGGCCAGAUGUAGUUUUUAUAUUAGGUGAUCUUCUAGAUGAAGGGAAAUGGUGUUCAAAAGCAGAGUUUAACUAUCAUGUCAAACGUUUUAAACAAAUGUUUGCAACACCACCUGGUGUUGAAACUUAUGCAGUCACUGGAAAUCAUGAUGUAGGCUUCCAUUACAUGAUGACAGAGCAGAAACACAAGAGAUUUGAAGAAGCCUUUUCUGCACCCUCUGUACAGAUGGUGGAAAUUCAGGGCAACAUUUUUGUCUUGUUGAACAGCAUGGCAUUAGAAGGGGAUGGCUGUAAUCUGUGCUCAGAAGCUGUUUCAAAGCUGGAAAAAAUAUCCCUUCAGCUUAAGUGUUCCCGGGAGCAACUCACAAAAGAGAAAUUGUCUCCUGCUUGCAAGAAAAUAAGGAAGAUUACUUACACUCAACCCAUACUCAUGCAGCAUUUUCCCAUGUUUCGAUCAUCAGAUCACAACUGCUCAACGCCAGACGCAGCCCCUCCACAGGAGAUCGAUAUUCCAUUUCGUCCAAAGUUUGACUGUCUUUCUGAAGAAGCUACAAAGCAGGUUUUUAAAUGGGUCAAUCCGAGACUUGUUGUAAGUGGUCAUACCCACCAUGGAUGUCACCGUAUCCAUGACAACGGUGUACCAGAGUGGACAGUUGCCUCAUUCAGUUGGAGAAACAAAAAGGGACCAAGUUUUCUUUUGGCAGUUGUAUCACAGACAGACUUUAGUGUUAACCAAUGCUUCCUUCCCAACGAAAACACAGUGUUUUCAGUCUACAUCACUGGGUUCAUUAUAAUCAUUCUGUCGAUGUUGUUACCAAGGAAACCUCAUCAUGUGACCAGCUGUGUUGACCUAUCAGAUAAAUCAAGUUAACAGGAAAUGGACUUCUGAUUUCCUAAAAUUGAUUGCAAGUGUCUUCCUACAAGAUGAAAUUGUCUUUCAAAUUCAAUGUAGAUAUAAUUCAAUCAUACAUUAUUAUGUUUAAUGAAAGUUUAGACUUAUUGUCAUGUAUUUAAAAAUUAAAAGAAUGUUUAUAUAAAGAGCUGUACAGAUUUUUUUAAUGAAAUAAUCUAUAUAUUUUUACAUAAUUUAUACAUGUGAAAGUAUAUUAUGAAUUUUUUGUUUGUAAUUCAUUAAAAUGAGUAACAU